GUAUUGAGUGGCUGCGCCCCCUUUCAUCCCCGCAUUCAGUCAGCAACGCACACACAGCCGCCGGUGCAGUCGGGCGACAUCGAGGGCGGACAGAGCCACGUGGGCCACGCGACCGACUGGCAAGGCAUGUCCUGGCCGCACAGAGAGAAGAGCGGCUUUGGCGUUGUAGCCGUAUCAGCACCUUGCGCCGCCUCACAUGGAUUGAUCCCUCCUUGAUCGCUCUGCGGUCAUGGCCGACAGCCCAUUGUAGCCUAGCGCCUCUUUCUGCCCCCAAGGUAGCAAGUCCAGCUGGUAUCGUGGACGUGCUCAACGUCACACGAUUCGUGAGAGCGAAGGUAUUGUGGGUGAAGAGAGCGUUGAGACGCUCGAAGCUUUGUCGACUGCUCAGAAGGCAAAUGAACAAGCCAGCUGUUCAUGAAAUGGCCGUGUGUAUACUCCUACCCACCGCUCUCCCCGCCGGUUCUCUGGUCGUGUAUGCCAUCCCUGCCUUGGCACCUCAUCUAUCUAGUCGUGUAUUCAUCCAUCAACCUUGACAGUCCAGCCAUAGAGCCGGGCCGUGUAAAAAGACCUCCACCCUCCUUGCUUAUCUUGCCCCUCUACAAUCCCCCGCCCCUUCCCUUCGUCGGCGGUUCAGUCCAGGUAGAUGUCGAUCCCCUCAUCUCCUUUCUCCUCCUCCUGCCCUUCCUCCUCCCUCUCCGCAAACACGUACCCCUCACGACCGUGCACAGCAGCAAAAUCCUGCUCCUCGCGACGGUGAUGAUGGCAGUCGCGUUGGUAAGUGCCGUGGCACUCGUUGAUAGGAAGGAUCUUGCCCGGUAUGCCGCGCAUGAGAGGAGGGACAGUGGCGGCAUCGGUCGUCGAGGCCUGGUUGAGGAGGAUGAUGAUCAGCGUGGUGAUCAUCAUGCUGAGUGUGAGUGGGGCGAGUAAGGCAUGGCUGUUGGGUAGAUGCAUGGUCGUAACAGCGUGAUUGGUUUGCAGGAGGGAAAAGUGGGGAGAGGGGGCAGCAGCGUGAUUUAUAUCUGUCUACUGUACGCUCGCCAUCGACAUCAGGCUGGGCGAUAGGGCGAGCCUCGAUCUCCGCCAGAGCAUCGGAAGCCAACG